AUGUCUGUAAAAGUGUAUAUAUCAGGAAUUAGUGGUAAUAAAGAAGUUAAAAAAAGACAACAACGAGUACUUAUGAUUUUAGAUAGUAAAAAUGUGCAAUAUGAAAUAAUCGACAUCACAGAACCUGGUAAAGAAGAUAGUAAAGAAUACAUGCAGACUAAUGCCAAUCCAAAAGACAGUAAAUAUCCUUUACCUCCCCAAAUAUUCAAUGAAGAAGAUUACUGUGGGGACUAUGAAGAUUUUGAUUUAGCAAAUGAAAUUGACGAAUUAGAAAAAUUUCUUAAACUUAGUUCUCUCGAUGAUGAAAUCGAAGAAAACAAUUCUACAAGUAAUAAUGUAACCAACAAUAGAAAAUCAUCUAGUCGAGAGGCUUCUAUGGAAAAUGAUAACAUUGUACAUUCAGAGAGUAACGUAAAUGAAAGAGAAAACUCAAUUACUGAUGAUAAAGAUUCUGAAAAAAUGAAAUCAUCCGAUAUUGAAGGCUUAAAUAAAUCACUAUCAGAAGAUAUGGAUCACACAGACAUAUCUGAAAAGAAGAGUGAAAAGUCAGAUGAUGACGAACAAGAAGAAUAA